AUGGACAGCGAAGCCAACUCAGCCCUCGACCAAUCGCACCUCCGUCCUCUCCUUCUACCCAAGGGCCAGCAACGACACCCAUCUUCGCCGACCCGAAUCCUUUUUCAAGAGCACGACCGCCGUCAGCGCCGACCCUCGUUUGCCGCCACUUCGUCCACGGUCGUGUCGCCGGCCAGGUCCACCUUUGACGACUCCGCAAGCGUAUCAACCAGCGCUACAGCCGUUUCGCCUCCCAUUCUCGUCGACGAGUACCGGGACAAGCAGGUCGAGCCUCCGUCGUCCAACAUGCUUGGCGACUACCAGGAACAUUCGAGCAAGAGGGAGUCGUCGCUGUACCUGCACGCUACCUCGGGCUUUCCCAAUCCUCCGCCGCGAUCCAACAGCAGGCUGGGCGAUGGCGCACCUCCGCACCAUCCCGACCGCUCGAUGAUAAAGCUCGCCAAUCGCAGCACGGAAAAGGUUCACGGCAGCGGUCAGCCGCACCUGCUUGACCCGUACCGCCAAAUGGAGGGCUUCCGAAGCCGCCUGCGAGGCGAAGAGCUCGUCCUGCGGGCGGAGGAGUACCGUCGUCGUCUGGAGCGCUCACGCUCCCGCGAUACGGACCGCCGACUGUCUGGCGAAGCCGCAUGGGACGACCAGAGCGCGGUCGACACCCUCGACUGGAGCGCCAACUCUACAUCAUUGCUGCGGAGCGUCGCGUCGACCGAGACGUACAACACAGACGAGGAAGACUACCGCGACAACGAGGCUCUGAGGACGUCCUCCGACGAUCGCACACCCAGGCCGCCGCAGCUAUCCCAUGCCCCAUCCGCGUGGAAUCUGCGAGGCAAGCCAGUCCAGCGCAAGCCGAGCCGGACGUCGUUGCAAGCGUCCACAAACGUCAACGCCACCGAAUCGUCUCGCGGCACCGGCGGAGAUGGCGAUGUCGACCUGUCGACUUCAAAGACGAUGUCGGACGACUUCGAAGUCUCGGCGCUGAGGAGGGAGGUCGAGCAGCUUCGAAUGGCGCUCGUGCAGAAGGCCCUGGCAGAAGGCAAUCGCAAGACAUCGAUCGAGGCGCAGCGUCCGACCGUCUCGGUCGCAAGCAGCCGCGCCGAGCGCGAGAGCAGGAUGUCGACCUCGGUCAAGCCGGUCCCCUCUGACCCGCUUCCGCCCGCACCUCGCGUCCACCACCUGGAUCUUCGAGACGAUGACGGCUGUGCAGCAGUGCCAGCAGCGAGGGACGGCUACGCGACUCAAGGACCGAUGAGCCAUCCCCGCGAUCAAGGGCGGGCUCGACAGUACAUCGACCCAUACGACGUCCCCGCUCACCAUGUCUAUAGCUCAUCGCCUCCAGACCGGUACACGCAGCAAGAGCUGUAUGGCCUGUAUGGCCACCGACCCCCGCCACGUCACGACUAUGCCGCCAUCGAUGCGCGCCUGCACCGCACGGCGUCGUCGCAGUAUCGCGCUUACGACUCGUCGCGACACCAUCAGGGCUACGCGCAGGGAGAGCUUCACCAUCACGGCGGCGGCGCCAGAGGCGCUCCGGUCCCCCCGAGCUACAUCUCUGCGCCUCCCAGUACGGCAUGGCCGGACGAGUCGGUCAGUCAAGUCGGCAGCGAGGAUGCGAGGAAGGUCGACGAGCUGGCCAAAAAGGUCGAGGUUCUCGAGGCGCUGCUCCGUGCCGGCAGUGCCCCCCAGUCCAACGACAGGGGUGGCGGCAUUUCUCAGUCGAUGGACCAGCAGAGGCCGCAACAGCAGCUCCACCGGCAGCAAGGCCCGCAGCAGCGACAGCAGCAUGAACCGCAACCUCAGUCGACCCGGAUCUCGACCUCGAGCUCGCUCGCUCCGAGCAACGCAUCACGCAGCGACGUCUCGGGCGCCACAUCGCCCUUUAUCUACAACGCGACCGCCUCAGGCCCCGCCGUGUCCAACCUCGAUCUUUCUUCCAACUCCCUCGCCGUGCCGCAAGGACAGCAAGGCAAGAAAAAGCUCACCCUCUCGGGCAUGUUCAAGCUCUCCAACGCUUCCUCGCCCGGUGAGGGUGCCGCGGAGGGCCCGGGUGUCGUCGAGAUGAAGAUAAGCACCGUCAGCUGGAGCCGGAAGCGCACCGAGAAGACUCAGGUGCCCAAGGCCAAACUGAGGCAAGGUCCAGGCAGGGGUAGGGUGUACAUCGCUCCGGCCAAGACAUGA